CCCCUUCUUACCAACUGCCUCAGUCAGUGAGACGCGCCGUUUUAACUAACACGCACAGGGUUAUUAGCGUAAGAAACAUUAAUUUGAUUUAAUGAACUAACACAUACGAGCGUUAUCGUUGCGAGGCUGAAGGAAUUAGUCGUGUUCGUUGGUAAGUUUCAUCAUGGCACCCAGAAAACGCACGCAAAAUGCCAAAACCAAGAAGAAUCCCAAAACCCCCAAACUGGAAGCUUUUCUGCUGGAUUUCGACGACGAAGUUCAUACCAUUGUAGAAAGACUGAAGGAUAAGACGAACAAUCUCCUGAAAGAUGCGGAUAAUCUUUAUAAAACGGCUCUGAUCAAGCUUCCCAUGGCGGUGAGGAAGAUGAACUGGAUCGAGUAUUGCAAUUUAGAGAAGCCAAAAUCACAAGUGGACGAUUCAAAGUUGAGGGAAGGGGCUGCUCAAGUGGAGCUUGCUAUUGCUGAGAAUCAUGCGAUUCCCAAAUGCGCAGGAAAAGAAGCUAAGAACGGUGCAAACUCAGAGGGUCAAAACAUCGCUCCUCUGAAGUCUACGGUGAAGAAGAAGAAGGCCUCAAAGAAGGCGCCGUCGACAUCAAAGAAGGCCAGAGCGCUCUCCAUCAGCAAACAGAGCAACACCAUCCAGAGAUCUACAAGGAAGCCCCUGAUCACUCCUGCGAGAAGCUUCCUCGAAGCCUCGGUCAUCGGCUCCACGCCACUCAUCACGCCGCGCUUCGACCCCAGGUUGCCAAAGACUCCAGGAUUGAGACUUGCGCAUCACAGGGAGAAGAUCUACAGCAUGUCGGUCAACGGUUCGCCGAUCGCCAGCGGCGGGGAGGACGUGGUCAUCAGUGUCCCUCUGGGAAAUGGAGAGUGUGUGCAGCUGCUGGCCAGUGAGAUGGACUCUGCGGAUCUGAGUCGGCUGGACCAGAAAGCCCUGCAGAGCAUCAGGAACCUGCAGAACCGGCUGACGACUCUCUGUGGAUCAGCGAAGUGAACUCCAGCACUGAACGAGUUUUAUCUGUUUUAUAACCAUGUGGGUUUUACUCCUCUUUCCUUCGUGUUUUCAUGUGCUGUAGUUUCCUUGCAUUGAGCUUGUAUCAGGUAGAUUUAAAUAAGAUAGUUCUAGCCAUUAUAAUCUGUUGUACCUUUUGUGUAAAUAUGCCUCUUAAAAAGACCAUGAUUCCUCAUCGCCGCUGUCGUCUGCUCCUUUACAUUUAUGAGAGUUUGUUAAAACUGUAUUAACUCAGAUGCGUCACCAAAAACUAUUUUUUUAAUCAUGUGAGCAUAUGUAUAUUUCAGUCUCUUAAGAAGAGUUAAAACCAACAUGAAUCUGUAUGAUAGCAAACAAAAAUUAAAAUUUUAAUAUUCCUGUCCUUCACUCA